GUUGGGCGCGAGAGCACCGACGACCCAACAACACAAGACGAAGCGAGCGACGAGACGACCUAACCCCAAAGCGAAAAAAGUUGCUGCAUCCUUAGCGCGCAAGCGAAAGCGAGAGGGAGCUCGCGCGCGCGCGAGGGAUCGAUGGAUCGACCCCAGGUGAUGCCCCUCAUUCAGCGCUCACCCUUUCUCCUCGAUCCGAGCUCUUGUGUUGUUUUUCUUUUUUUCUAGGAUUUUGAUCGAUCUCCCUUAGGAGGGAGGGAGGGAGGGAGCUUGUCCCAGAUCCAGCGGUUUCUUGGAUUAGGGUUCAUGGGGGUUCUCUCCGCUCGGAUCCAGGUAGUUACCGAGAACUAUGCCAAUCCUGUGACGUGCCUCUUUCAUGUGCUCUUCAAGGCUGGGGCGCUGGUGUUCUACAUCUUGUUUUCGCUCUUCGUGAAGAGCUUCGUCAUCAUAUUCGUCAUCACCGUGUUCCUGGCGGCGCUCGACUUCUGGGUGGUGAAGAAUGUGAGUGGCAGGAUAUUGGUCGGGAUGCGGUGGUGGAAUGAGAUCGACGACGAGGGCAACAGCGUGUGGAAGUUUGAGUGCCUCGAUGGGGAGGCUCUUGCUCGGAUGAACAAAAAGGACUCGUGGCUGUUCUGGUGGACUCUUUACUUGACUGCUGCUGCAUGGAUCAUUCUUGGGAUAUUUUCACUUAUCAGACUUGAAGCUGACUACCUUCUUGUUGUUGGAGUUUGCUUGACUCUAAGCCUUGCAAACAUUGUUGGGUUCACCAGAUGCAACAAAGAUGCCAAGAAGAAUAUCCGGGGUUACUUUGAAGGUCAUGCUCAAAAUGCGAUCACAUCCCGCAUCACAUCCACCCUGCAAUCAGCAUUUGGAGUAAUCUAAAAUCCGAGCUCCAAACAGCAAGGCCCUUUUCGAAUACAACCAUGUAAAAUCUGUCAAAAGGAUUAGCGUGCAUUAUCCCAUUUCCAUACAUUUUUGUUGACCCAAUACACCCAGUAGGUUGAUUUUGAUUGGAAAGACAGAGAACACCUUGUUAGUACUACUGCCUUCCAAAGGAGUAAAAAAGAAGUUUUUAGCCGAGAAUAUGUCUUGAGUCUGAGUGUACCCUUUAGGGAUUUUGACCCUGGAACCUGUCUUCCAAUGCAGCUUCUUGUUAAUUCCAUAUAUUAUUAAUCAUUUGCUGUGCUGUAUCUUAACGACAAUUUUCUGUAAUUUUAUGCAUUCUCGCAAAA